GGAAAUAUUUUUAUUUAUGUACAUAUUAUACUCGUAUUCUUGCAUCCUUAUAAUAUAGCUCAAAUCCUGGAGAAGACAUUAUCAAUUUCGUUAUUUUGUGAAUUUCCAAAGUGAUUAAAAUGUUUUUCGACGAUGAUGGUGUUAUUUUUAAUCCGUUUAUGAUUGGUCCCCCCGAAAAUGCAAAGCGCCACGAGUACAAGCAGCCAACAUAUGUGACAUAUCCGCCUUAUGCUACUUGGCCUGUCGAACAUACCAACAAAUCUGUUUCGAAGGGCACACUAUUAGCCAAGGAGGAGACGGAGGAGAGGUUGAAGAACGUUCAUACACGUUCAAAAUCUCAGAUUGGCGAAGUGGGAUUCUCGAAAGCCAUCAAAGAGGAAAUGGCAGCUGCCAAGAGAUUAUCAAGUUCUGAUCGGCGAAUUUAUGCGGGUGGCGCAUCCAAAACUGGUUUAUCUGAGGCCGGGUCAAAGGCUUCCAUCGAUCGGCAAUCGGGUUCGGUGCGAACAUUGAUGGCCGUCAAAUCUCAUCGAUCGGCCUCCCAGGCAAGUCAUAUUCCCUCUCAGAUGAGCAUGGCCAGGUCGAUGACAAGUCGUUCAGUAGCUGGCGAUAGAGAAUCUUCCAAGUUGAGCAUACGCUCACAUGUCAGCAGGCGCACGGAUUCGAGUAUAACACUGAAGGGGGCCAAGCAGCCCAUUCAUACAGAUCUGGAUACCGACAUGUAUAAUAAUGUCUCUUGUGCUAAUGUCAAAUUAACUGAUGCAACAUCACGCCGCUCUGUGAGGUCGUCGCGUGAAGAGAAUCGUUCGGAUAAAGUGUCUCGUAACUCUCAAGGUUCUGCAAGGUCCCAAGCUAGUUUAAAUCAGUCCGAUGUCAGAUCCAAAGCGGAUAACUAUCAUAAAGAUACUAUUUCUCGUGUUUCGAUGAGAUCCAAAACAACUGAACUACAGACAGAAAAUGUUUCUCGUAUUUCCCAUACGGGGGAUGUAAAUAAGGCAGAUAAUAUAUCCAUAAAGUCUAAAUCGAACAGUCUCAGCAAGACGAAGCCCUCUCUCAAGGAAGUCGCUGAAUCGAUUCAAAGGGAGCUCGCCAAAUCGAUGGAAACAACUAAAUCGUUAUCACUUAAGGCGGCUGAGCUAAGUGAACGUCUUAAGGCUGGCAAUGAGUUCAAUCACAAUCGUUUCCAUACCCUAGUUCGACAAUAUACUCAAACUGAACCAAUGAAAAAAUGCCGUGAGGAUCGCAUGGCUCACUGGUUCAAGGAUGCAGUUCUUUCCUAAACCAUUUCUGCUUUAACUUACGCCUAACUUAUCAUUUCCUAAAUAUUGCUAAGCAUAUUUAGUUAUUUAUUACAAGUGCAAAAAUUAAAUUCAAUAUAGCCAAGUGCAAUAAUAAUGUAUAUUGACCCUUUUCCCCCCGAAUAAAAUGAUCGGAAAAAGUGGAAUAAUG